GACAGACUGAAGCUGGACAAUCAAACUGGAUCUCUGACCAUCACAAACAUCACAAUGAAACACACUGGAGAAUAUACAUAUUAUAUCCUCAUUUCUAUUCAUUCCUUUCUUCGAAGCAAGCGUUCUUCUUCUUUUCAUCUCAUUGUCUACGGUGAGUUAAAUAUCAGUUUCACAUGUUUUAUUUAUUACAGCUAGAUCUAAAGAAGUAUCUUAUCAUGACUAAUGAGUUCAAAUGACUAAUUCUCUUACUUUCACAUGAACAGCAGGUUUAUAUUUAACUUUCUAUUCAAUAGUUUUAAAUGCUCUACUUUUGAUCAUCUUGGUUCCUCUGGAUGUUUCUUGAAUCUCUUCAUUCAUCCUCAUUUCUCUUUAUUCUCUCAUGUUUUCAGCUCGUCUGCCUGUUCCUGUCAUCAGCAGUAACUCUUCACAAUGUUCUUCAUCAUCAUCAUCAUGUUCAUUGGUGUGUUCAGUGGUGAAUGUGAGUCAUGUGACUCUCUCCUGGUACAAAGGAAACAGUUCAUUGUCCAGCAUCAGUGUGUCUGAUCUCAGCAUCAGUCUCUCUCUACCUCUGGAGGUGGAAUAUCAGGAUAAAAACACCUACAGCUGUGUGCUGAACAAUCCCAUCAGCCACCAGACUCAACAUCUGGACAUCACUCAACUCUGUCACACAUGUUCAGUCCACUGUUGUGGUCCUACUGAAGCUGUGAUCCGAUUGGUCCUCUCUGCUCUGGUGGGCGUGGCUACUGUCAUUCUUGUGCUUUAUCACAUCAGAUCCAGAAGAGCUGAAGGAGAUCAAGCACAUAUUCACACAUCAGGAAGUGCUUAAAUCUGAAGCAGAACGCUGAACUUUAAAGAUUCUUCAAGUGUGUUUUUGUCAUAAUAAAUACUGAUGAUUAUUUGAGCUUCUCUUUCAGUGUCAGAUUUGUAAAACUCUUAUUUGUAAGGCUUUAUUGUUUAUAUUUCUCUCAGAGACACACAGAUCUCACUUUACUACUACUGCUGUAUAUUUG